AUAUUGUAAAAUGGGUGUUCAAGAAAAAGAUCCACUUUUGCAAUUAAGUUUACCACCAGGAUUCAGAUUUUAUCCAACUGAUGAAGAACUUUUAGUUCAAUAUUUGUGUAAGAAAGUUGCUGGACAUGAUUUUCCUCUACAAAUUAUUGGAGAAAUUGAUUUAUACAAAUUUGAUCCUUGGGUUCUACCUAGUAAGGCGACAUUUGGAGAAAAAGAAUGGUAUUUCUUCAGUCCGAGGGAUAGGAAGUAUCCGAAUGGAUCUAGACCGAAUAGAGUAGCAGGUUCCGGUUAUUGGAAAGCAACGGGGACGGAUAAGAUCAUAACUUCACAAGGAAGAAAAGUUGGAAUUAAGAAAGCCCUUGUGUUUUAUGUGGGUAAAGCUCCAAAAGGAUCUAAGACAAAUUGGAUUAUGCAUGAAUAUCGACUUUUUGAAUCAUCAAGGAAAAAUAAUGGAAGUUCAAAGCUAGAUGAAUGGGUGCUUUGUCGAAUUUAUAAGAAGAAUUCAAGUGGACCAAAACCACUUCUGUCUGGUUUACACAGCAGCAAUGAAUACAGCCACAAUUCUUCGACUUCGUCCUCAUCCCAAUUCGAUGAUAUGCUCGAAUCGUUACCAGAAAUGGAUGAUCGAUUCUCCAAUUUACCGAGAUUAAACUCUCUUAAGACCGAGAAAUUGAACCUCGAACGCCUGGAUUCAGCCAAUUUCGAUUGGGCAAUCCUUGCUGGGCUCAAACCAAUGCCGGAAUUGCGCCCAGCAAAUCAAGCUCCAGGCGUUCAGGGUCAGGCUCAGGGGAAUGUCAAUAACCACAACAACAACAAUAUGAAUUUUCUCAACGAUGUUUAUGCCCAUCCUACUACGAAUUUCCGAGGCAAUACCAAGGUUGAAAGUAUUAAUCUAGACGAAGAAGUUGAAAGCGGGAACAGAAAUCAACGGAUUGAUCAAUCGAGUUACUUCCAGCAGAGUCUGAAUGGAUUUUCCCAAGCGUAUACGAACAGUGUCGAUCAAUUUGGAAUCCAAUGUCCGAACCAGACGUUAAAUCUGGGGUUCAGGCAGUAGGACACGCUGAAAAGUAAAAAAAUUGUAACUUGAAAUCUGAAUGCCAGUAUACUGUAUGUACAGAAGAUCUGGAUUUAGAUUUCCUUGCCCCAACGGAUUCGAAGAAAGAGCAAGUACAGUUUCACGGCCAAGGGAAUUAACGUCUUCGAAUGCAAGUGUCUGAAGUCAUUAGGCUGAGGGCACGUCCGCUUGGAACUUAUUUGCAAGUUGUGUCUGAAGUCAUUAGGCUGAGGGCACGUCUGCGUGGACAUUAAAAUAACGUUAUAAUGUACACAAACAGGAAAUAUAUGCAGGGGCAUGUAUAUUCUUUUAGGUACUGGGCUUAUAGUUUGUUUUAUUUUAUGAUACAUUUCCAGAUUUGGAUGUAUUUUGUAAUUCUUACAUUUCUGUGUAGCAAGUUAUAGAAGAUAUAUAGAAGUUACUUUUAAAAUAUUUUUAAAA